GUCAUAUUAGCGGCUACAUUUCUAUCAAUCCUUUUACACCCCGACCCUUCUCCUCCCACAGUACAGCCACGCACGCCAUGGCAUCUUACAGACAUAUAAGUCCAACAUGGACGCAGAAUACAUUUGCUCCGGAAACCAACUCACCUUCAUACCUGACCGCCGAGGAGAAGAACUCAGGAAGAGAGACCAGAUCCAUCCAUCAUGGCCAAACUUGAACCUUAUGUGCCUGGCUACUACCUUUGGAAUUAUAUGCCAUCCAUUCCGGCGGCAGUCAUAUUCAUAAUCCUCUUCCUGGGGGUUACCGUCUUUCACUUCUUCAAGCUAUUCCGAUCACGGUCAUGGUUCAGCAUUCCUUUAGCCAUUGGAGGCAUAUUUGAAGUGAUCGGCUACAUCGCCCGAGUCGUUGCUCACGAGCACACAGCCGAGCUUGUCCCCUACUCUAUACAGAGCGUGCUCAUCCUUCUCGCCCCCGUCCUCUUUGCAGCAUCAGUGUACAUGGUACUAGGACGGAUAAUUCGCAGCGUCAAUGCAGAGCAGCACUCUCUGGUUCCUGUCCGCUGGUUGACGAAGCUUUUUGUCACAAGCGACGUUGUCUCCUUCCUUGUACAGGGCAGCGGAGCGGGCUUGAUGGCAAUGGAGUCAAUGGGAACCCUGGCAAAAAUUAUCAUUAUAGUCGGCCUUGUUAUCCAAGUGAUCAUGUUCGGCUUCUUCAUUGUGGCCUCGAUUGUGUUCUAUUUGUGCAUGCGGCAGCGUCCGACACGCGAGGCGUUGGAUAAGUCACAGACGCCCUGGAAAUACCACAUGCAUACACUCUUCGCCGUCAGUGUUCUGAUAAUGAUUCGAUCGAUCUAUCGAGUCAUUGAGUAUGCAAUGGGCAACAAUGGCUAUCUCUUGUCCAAUGAAUGGCCACUUUAUGUGUUCGACACUGUGUUGAUGUGGCUUGUCAUGGUAAUUUGGGCUGUGAGAUACCCCGAGAACAUUCAGAAGGGGAAGCCUGAGAUGGAACUCAUAGCUACUCAGGAUGCCGAGCAUCCGGUGCAGGAUGUACAUGAACUCCGAGCCGUGGGCGGAGGCGUCUUUCGAGGCUUGGAGGAAGGUAUUGAGGGGACCAGUGUGCCAGGAUGUGUUUAUGUACGCGUCUGA